ACAUCUAACGGAAAGAAGAAGAAGCGCACCGUGAGGAAAAUGGCUCUUUAGCAGAAUGGAUGUCAACUAACUCACCCGUGGUUGAUCUCUGUGUAUCGAUACUUUAAGCAUGCUUUAUCACCGCUGACAGCCAAAAUGUUCAAAAGGAUCAAACGCGCAAAUCUUCGACGAAGGAACGAGUCCGAUGAGGACGAGCGGGAGGAGAAUGUGCAGCCGAUGCUCGCGCCGACGUUGUUCGGGCCUGUUUUGGAGGAAGUCCCGUUCCUGGAGACGUCCAGCGGCAGCAACGACGUAAGCUUAAGCCCCAGGAGCAACGGCUUCGGGGUCAAUUUUAAAAGCGUCAGGAGGGACAAGAAGGCGAAAGACGGCGCUCCGGUGCUCGGACCGACGAAAGCCAGUUUGCUGAGUUUCGACGAUGACGAAGAAGAAGAAGGACCAGAGGUCUUCCGAGUGAAGAAGUCCAAUCACAGCAAGAAAAUAGUCAAGCAGCUGAAGAAAGAAUACAAGGAAGACUUGGAGAAGUGUGGUGUCGUCAAAACAGAAGUAGUGCCUCAACCUUUUGUUGCCAUCAAAGAAGAAGUGGUCAGCAAAGUGGGCAGUGAGCAUGGCGUGGAUGAAAUGGAGGUUGAUAGUGCUGACGACCAGAGGGAAGAGGCGAAAGGCAAUCAAGUACAGAGGAGCAGCAACAACACUGGAGCAACAUUCAACACGCUCUCCUCCCUCAACACUUUGAGACCUGGCGAGAUUCCCGAUGCAGCAUUCAUUCAUGCUGCUAGAAAGCGUCGACAGCUGGCCAGAGAGCUUGGGGGAGAUGCCCCACUUGUCGAGACGGAAGCCCCCAAGAAACGCCUGGCGCAGGAAGACCAAGACGGGAGUGACGACGAAGACGAGGAAGAGAAACGCAUCCGGUUUAGCGGCGUGAGGAGCAAAACCCAAAGGCAAAAGAUCGCAGAAGAGAUUGGUAUCGAAGGCAGUGACGACGAGGCACUAGAUACAGGUCAUGAUGAAGAGGUGAGCCGAUGGGAGCAGGAGCAGAUCAGGAAAGGGAUCAGCAUACCACAGGUCCAAAGCAGCCAACCGGAGGACACCGCGGCUUACUACCAGAACAGCUACGAUACUCACCCUUACGGCGCGGGCUACAACAUGCCCUUCACCUACAGCGUGAUGCCCCCGCAGGCCAGCAAGCCCCCAGGCCCGGCAGACUGCACUUCGGCUCACUUUGGGCUCUCUGUUAGCGACUUAGCCCCGGUGUCCAUUGAUCUGGUAAAGAAACGCCUGCAGGAUAGGCUCGGUCAUAUGCGUACAGGCCACAACGCCAACAUCAAUCGCUACACGCAGAUCCAAGAAGACCUUGCCGCCUCAGAGAGCGCCAUAAUGCAGCUGGACGGCUCGUCCAAUGACAAUGCAGAUCAAUAUCAAUUCUUGCAAGAGAUGCGAGGGUAUGUUGGAGACUUGCUUGAGUGUUUCGGUGAAAAGGUGCCUGCCAUCGAGGAGCUGGAGGCUGCCAUGCACCAGUUACUAAGGCAACGGGCCUCGCGACUCGUCCAGAGAAGACAGGAUGAUAUAAAAGAUGAAUCGGCGGAGUUUGCAAGCCUUUCAAAUAAAGCCAUCAUGGCUCCCAGUCUGGAUUCAUUUGGUCAUGACCGCACAUUGUACCAAGAGAGCAGUCGCCAAAGGAGGAUAGCGGAAAGGGAGGCCCGACGAGCUCGACGGCGUCAAGCGCGAGAACAGAACGGAAAGUGGGCGGAGCACAAAGAAGGCUUGUCGUCCGAUGACGAGGAGACCUCCACGGACAUGACCAGCUUCAGCGUGGAGCACGAUCGCAUCACUCGAGAAUGUCAGAAAGUUUUUGAGGACGUGCUGGAGGACUUUCAUUCCAUGGACUACAUCAAAUCCCAAUUUGAAACGUGGAGGCGGAACUACGCCGAGUGCUACAGAGACGCGUACAUCGGCCUCUGCCUGCCCAAACUCUUCAGCCCUCUCAUUCGACUGCAGCUCAUCACGUGGAACCCACUUGAGGCGAGGACUGGUUUUCGACUUGAGUUUUUAACCUUGCGCCGAGCCAAAUCUCAAAAGCAGUCUUGUUAUGCUCCUCUCCAGGCGCAGUGCACCAACUUUGAGUACAUGCUCUGGUUUGAGACGCUGCUGUUUUACGGCUUUGAGGAGCACAGCACGUUGCAGAAAGGAGACAGCGACAUCGGCCUGCUCCCGGCGAUCGUGGAGAAGGUUGUCCUCACCAAAUUGACAGUGUUGUCCGAGCAAGCGUGGGACCCGCUGUCAAACAGUCAGACGGCACGGCUCGUGGGUUUCAUUCGCCGCCUGAUGAAAGGUUACCCGACCGUGUUGCACGGGGACAACCAGUACACACGGGAGUUGUUGAGAACAGUCGUCCUGCGUAUUCGGCGGACACUGGAUGAAGAUGUCUUCCAACCUCUGUACCCCAAAAAUUUGCUGGAAAACAAGAACGGCGGUCCUUACUUAUUCUACCAGAGGCAGUUUUGGAGUUGUGUUAAGUUGUUGGGGAACAUCCUGCAAUGGGAGGGGAUCGUCUCCACUUCCUGUCUCAAGGACCUGGCUUUAGACAGCACUCUGAAUAGGUACAUCCUCUCCGCGCUGCAGACCACCGAAGCCAGCGAGGACAAUGUUCACAAGUCCCAAAAGGUGGUAGACUGUUUGCCGAUGCAAUGGUUCAAUGGGCUGAAGGGCCAGAAGACGCUUCCGCAAUUGGAGCCGCUGUGUCGCUACCUCGUCCAUUUGGCUAAUUCGUUGAACCGCAGCAGCUUGGGCGCUUCUGAUGUAGAAAGACGUGUGACAAAGGAUCAAGUGAAAGAGAUUGUGAAGAUGCUGGUUUACAUGAAGGCUGUGGACCACAUAAUUGCCGUGGCAGCUGAGCAAGGCAUUAAGGACAUCAAGUCUCUGUUGGAUACCAAGUCAUAGACAGAGGGAGGGCCGCGCCGACAAGUUCUUCAUUAUGUUUGACUCCUCACUAAAUUGGACUCUGGGAUAAAAUGUGCAUACUGAAUAAAACACCUGUGUAAAUAUUGUGAAUAAUGUAUAGAAAGGUUCCUCUCUUCAUGCACUUGUCUAAUAAUCUUGUAUCAGCCAGUCUAAGAGACUCUGGCUUCAUGCCAUAAUACAUGGACGCAAGAUUACCGGAUAAAAUAGACUUAACUAAGUAUGCACCGUAUUUUUAUUUUAUGUAAAAACUGCCUUGUGAGUGACUCCUUUCACAUUUCUUCCUGUAUGUGCUAAAAGUGACCUCUUGCUGCACCACACACACAAAGAAUAAUGCCGCCGCCUCCUCACCAGCACAGAGUGUGCACACCAUCUGUGAAAGUUGUACUCUGGUCUUUUGUUUUAUCAUCCGUCUGCUUGUGAAUAAAGUAUACACUUGGAAA